AGGACUGGCUGUGGAACGUGGUAUUGGUCCGGAUGCGUUAAAUUUUUCCUACAGCUGGCGCCUCUGGAUUUGGCAUGUUGUAUUUUCUUUCUGUGUGCUGCUGAGGAUAUGGAUUCGUUGAGCUUUCACUGUGGCGAGAAACGGCUUGCAGAGCCUAGAGUGGCCAUGCAAGGUUUAUCGUGGAUAAAACCAGAGAUGAUGCAGCAAGUGCUCUCAUCUAUCGGCCUUCCUCAGGAAAGAAAUUCCGCCGAGGCGCCAAACCGUGGGGAUUUAAGGGGCUCUUUCCCUCACAACAGGACAGCUUCAAACGAUACAAGCUUUCCCCACAUCGUAGAUUCCAGAUCUGUGUCUGCAAGCAUUUCAGAUAAACAAUCUGCUCCCCGGCUGACCAUUAUUUAUAACGGAGUAGUGAAUGUGUAUCAUGUUUCUCCUGAAAAGGCUGAAGCCAUUAUGCAACUUGCCAGCACUAACAGCGCAAGUAAAACCACAACCCCUGUAGUUUCCAGUGGAUCGAAAGAGGAAGUAGCAAAACCUUGUGCCACUUCAACUCAACAAAUCAAAAAAGCUACCCAAGGGCUUCCAAUUGCCAGGAAAUUAUCUCUGCAGCGCUUCCUUGAAAAACGCAAAGACAGAAUAAGCACAGUUUCUCCGUACACUUCUGCCUCCGACCAGUCAACUACAUCUUUGAAAGGUUCAUCAGGAACAAUGGUUAAAAACGAGGGUUUAGAAGAAGACCCCAUCACGCUUUCUUUGUCUUUUCCAUCACAAAGAGCUUGUUAAUGUUAAAUUCUCUGUCGGUGGACUUCAGUUACAGAUUAUAAGUGACCUGCUAAAAUUUGGUUACUUGUGAAAAGAAUAAAAGAAAACUGGAGUUUUCCUUUCUUGAAAUAGGUAAAAAGUAACGACCUAUUAUUUUCUUGUUGACCCAGAUUUCACGCCAUUUGUAAUGUAAUUUUUGCUAUCUUUCACUGUAUCCAGGCCAAAUGUCGGUCUGCAACCUGCUCUUUGAAAUAUUGAUUGACCAUAAACAAUAUAAUGAACAGAAAUUGAUUUUGUA